AUGACAAACACAUCAUCCUCUGACUUCACCCUCCUGGGGCUUCUGGUGAACAGUGAGGCUGCCGGGAUUGUAUUUACAGUGAUCCUUGCUGUUUUCGUGGGGGCUGUAACUGCAAAUUUGGUCAUGAUAUUCUUGAUUCAGGUGGACUCUCACCUCCACACCCCCAUGUACUUUCUGCUCAGUCAGCUGUCCAUCAUGGACACCCUUUUCAUCUGUACCACUGUCCCAAAGCUCCUGGCAGACAUGGUUUCUAAAGAGAAGACCAUUUCCUUUGUGGCCUGUGGCAUCCAGAUCUUCCUCUACCUGACCAUGAUUGAUUCUGAGUUCUUCCUCCUGGGCCUCAUGGCCUAUGACCGCUACGUGGCUGGCUGUAACCCUCUGAGAUACCCAGUCCUGAUGAACCGCAAGAAGUGUCUUUUGCUGGCUGCUGGUGCCUGGUUUGGGGGCUCCCUCGAUGGCUUUCUGCUCACUCCCAUCACCAUGAAUAUCCCUUACUGUGGCUCCCGAAGUAUCAACCAUUUUUUCUGUGAGAUCCCAGCAGUUCUGAAACUGGCCUGUGCAGACACGUCUUUGUAUGAAACUCUGAUGUACACCUGCUGUGUCCUCAUGUUGCUCAUCCCCAUCUCUCUCAUCUCCGCUUCCUACUCCCUCAUCUUGUUAACCGUCCACCACAUGCGCUCUGCUGAAGGUCGCAAAAAGGCCUUCACCACUUGUUCCUCCCACUUGACUGUAGUUAGCAUCUUCUAUGGGGCUGCCUUCUACACAUACGUGCUGCCCCAGUCCUUCCACACCCCCGAGCAGGACAAAGUAGUGUCAGCCUUCUAUACCAUUGUCACGCCCAUGCUUAAUCCUCUCAUCUACAGCCUCAGAAACAAGGACGUCAUAGGGGCAUUUAAAAAGGUAUUUGCAUGUUGCUCAUCUGCUCGGAAAGUAGCAACAAGUGAUGCUUAG